AUGCCUUCUCCUCCAUUGAAGCCAAUAAUUCAGUCUCUCUCCUCCAUUGAAAUCAUGUUGUCCGAUCAAAAUGAGGAAGAUGAUUUGGAGGGGUUUGUUGAGGUCGAGAAUGAUACUAGCAAAGUAAAUGAAUCUAGUAGUUCCAAGAAAAAUAAGAAACUAACUUCUGAAAUUAAGACCGAAGUUGAUGGGACUACUUCUUUGACAGUUAAGGAAAAACAAAAGAAAGUGAUAUUUGAUCAAGAUGUUUCAAGGCGAGAGUUGGUUAGAAUGGUAGUAAUACAUGAAUAUCCUUUGUCAAUCGUGGAUCAUCUUGGUUUUAGGAGAUUUGUCAAGAGCUUAAAUGAUAAUUUCAAGAUUAUUUCAAGGAACACGUUAAGGAGUGAUGUGAUGAAAAUGUACAACAAUGAAAGAAUUUCUCUUAAGGAUUUGUUAGAGGCUAAUGAGGAUAGAGUGGCAAUAACAACUGAUAUGUGGACCACCUCCAAUCAAAAAAAGGGGUACAUGGCUGUUACUUCGCAUUUCAUUGACCAACAGUGGAUUUUGCAUAAUCAUACAUUAAGGUUUUGUUUUGUGCCAUGUCCACAUACAAAGGGGGUUAUUGCUAAGGUUCUUAUGUAUAGUUUGUCUCAAUUUUCUUUGAAAAAUAAAAUUUCUUCUGUUGUUGUUGAUAAUUGUACUACAAAUGAUGCUAUGAUCAAUGUUUUGUUGGAGAAAUUAGAAAGUAGUUGCUUGGUGUUAAAUGGAGAUUUUUUGCACAUGAGGUGUAGUGCUCAUAUUCUAAACUUGAUUGUGAAAGAUGGUUUAGAAGUGAUUGAUCAUACAAUUGUCAAAGUAAGAGAGUGUAUAGCAUUUUGGAUGUCUACCCCUAAAAGGAUUGAAAAAUUUGAGGAAGCUUGUCGUCUUUUGAAUGUGACUAAAACUAAAAGAGUGGGUCUUGAUUGUAAAACUAGGUGGAAUUCUACUUACUUGAUGCUUGAAUCUAGUUUGCCUUUCAAGGAUGUUUUUAAUAAGUUGAAACGUCUAAAUAAAAGGCUUAAGUUUUUUGUUCCUAGUGAUAACGAUUGGACUAUGGCUUCUCUUGUUUGUCAAAAGUUGGAAAUAUUCUACAAGGCAACCAAGGUUUUUUCUAUUAGAAAUCAUCCAACUGCUAAUUUGUUUUUUCGAAUUGUUUGUGAGAUUAGACUUGCUUUGAAUCGUUGGGUGCAAACCGAUAAUCAUGAGGUUAUUAGGACAAUGGCUAAGAGUAUGGUUGAAAAAUCUGACAAAUAUUGGUCACAUAUUAAUGGGAUUUUAGCUAUUGCUGCCAUUUUAGAUCCUAGAAAUAAAAUGGAUUGUGUGGCUCAUUAUUUUGAAAAAUUAUAUGGAGAUGAUGCUAAUAGUAAAAUGACAAGAAUAAGAAAGACCUUUGAUAAUCUUGUCCAUGAGUUUCAAAAUAAGAAUGAGGUAGUGAAUGAACCAUCACCAUUAAAGAGAGGGUUUAACGAGUGUGGUGAUGAAGAUGAUUUUGCGAGAUCUAAGAGACAAAAAGUUAGAAGUACACUGUAA